GCGUGACAUUGGCCUUAAUGUAUUAAUUUUCCCGUUUAAUUAAUUAAGGAAUUAAAUUUCUCGCGUCAUUUAAUAUUUGACAGCACCACACCUGCUUUGAAAACAUUGAUUUCCCUCGUGUCACUUUCGCUGGCAGAACUGUCAAGUUUGUUUUGAUUUAGUUUUAGAAAGAAAAUGUGUCGCGAGUUUAAUUAGGAAUUUUAAUGAAAACUUGCGAUUCGAGGUGCCACCAUUCUUUUGCUUCGACACACAUCUAGUGGAGGAUUGCGGAGGCGAACGCAUCGGCAGUAUGCCGGACGAUUUGAAGUUUGACGAGCUGAACGACUCGGAAAAGUGCACGAAGAUUUGGUCCGGUUGAAACAGAGGGAAGCGAGGUUGCAGCUGGAUCUGAACGUGUUGAUGAUGCCGAACAUGCCAGAAACGCAGCAUCCGACGUCACAUCCGGCAAUACAGCAGCAUCAUUUGGAGAGUUCGCAGCAGCGGGGAGAAAAGUGGUUUCUUCAUCGGUCUUCGGCCAAACUUUCCGUUGUCGAAACCCGCUUAGAUGCGUAUCUAUUUGGCGGACGAUUUCCCGGCAUAACGAACCAGCCGACGUUUACGAUUCCAGUAAACUUUCCUCCGGCGUUUAACAUGGUUGCCGCCGUUGCACUUCAACCAGCGGCUGGUUCAGGAGGUUCAGCAAAAUCAUCCGGUGUUGAAUCAGCACCGUUAUCAUCAACAGCAGCAGCAGGGUCAGAAUCCCUGUCAGCAGCAGCCCAAAAACUGCAAAAUUACCAGCAAGACCAGAAAAAGAUGCAACACCAUCGUGGCAGGCUGAACCGAUCCGGGGAGUAUGAAGCGUACGCGAUUGUCCCAUUGUUAUAAAUAAAUACAAGUUAUUUUAAACCCUAGUUUAUAUUUCAAAGCAAUUUCAUUCACCAUAUUCUGGCCACCGUGAUGCGAUAUUCGAGCGGUCGUUGAGUACCUUUAACUACCGGGGCGUUUUCCGAUCUGACGAAGAC